AUGUUCACCGGUCUAGUGGAACGUGUAGCUACCGUUGUGGACGUGAUCCAUGUCGAUCCAGAGAGCGGCUCGUACGCACUGGUGAUUGGCGACUGUGCUGCCAUCCUGCACGAUUGCCAUUUGGGCGAUAGCAUUGCUGUGAAUGGCGUAUGCUUGACUGUGACCAAGUUUGAUGAGAAGGAGCACCAGGGCUUUUUCAAAGUGGAUCUGGCGCCGGAAACGCUCUUCCGAUCCAAUCUCGGCGCGCUGCGUGUCGGCGAUAAGGUGAACUGUGAGCGGGCGAUGUCGCCUACGACGCGAUUUGGCGGGCAUAUUGUGCAAGGCCACGUCGAUACCAUGGCGACACUCCAAUCGAUUGUCCCGAACGAGUCUGCGUUGACACUAACUCUGCGUCUCGUGUACGAGAAGCCUGAGGCGGACCGUGCUACGCUCCCCCUGCCGUCCACCUUAGCGCCGUACCUGAUCCCCAAGGGCUUUGUGACGCUGGACGGCACGUCGCUCACAUUGAUUGACGUCUCUCCGCCGAACGGUGGCCCACUCUCUGGCACGCAGGACACGUCCGUGCCUACCAGUGAGACGGUCGAGUUUACUGUGAUGCUGAUCCCCCACACACAGGACCACAUUGCACUGCCGUCCAAGGCGGUGGGCUCGCGUGUGAACGUGGAGUUCGACAUGGUCGGCAAGUACGUAUAUCGCUCCUUGCUAGGCGAGUUUCAGCGUAUGGAUGAGAGCGCCUCGUCGGGUGGCCACCUCUCUUCGACGAUGCUGGAGCGUGUCGUGGAGCGCGCUGUGGAUACGAUUCAACAGCGGCGUUCUGCCUAA